UCACCUAUUGCUUGUCGAGGCUUUCUGAAAGUUUCUUAAUAUCUCUCUGCUUGUUUACUAAUCCUAUUUCUAGACACUACUCUUUUUUCUUUCUUUCUCUCUCUUCCAAAAAAAUCGAAAUCAGAAAAUCGGAAUCAAAAAUCUUGUAAAACCCUAAUUGAAGAAGAAUUUGCGGGAUUGAAGACGAAAUUUGGGCUAUUUCGCUGUCUUAUGUCCUCACUAAUUUCUGAAAGAUUGUGAUCGUACUAGUUGUGUUGGGUGCGGUGGAGACAGAUUUUGAUUGUGUUUUACAUCACCCUUGUUCGAAAAUUUCCUUCCAGAGGUGGUGGUUGUUGUGAUAGAUUUUACUUAUAAUAUAACUGGGUUGCUCUUUAAUUUUGCCAGGAUGGGCACUUUCGAUUACGACAAAGCUUCUUCUAACCAACCUUCUUCUUCUUCUAUACCCUUUGAUUACACCAGGAAGAGGAAGACUCGAAGAAGGCGUGAUGAAUCGGUGGCUGAAACUCUUGCUAAGUGGAAGGAAAUCAAUACUAAACUCUGUGAUGACGACAAGGAAGGUAAGCCUGUUAGGAAGGCUCCUGCUAAGGGGUCGAAGAAAGGAUGUAUGAAAGGCAAAGGUGGUCCUGAAAAUUCCUUAUGUAAAUAUAGGGGAGUUAGACAGAGGACUUGGGGAAAAUGGGUUGCUGAGAUUCGAGAGCCGAACAGAGGUAAAAGGCUUUGGCUUGGUACUUUCCCCACUGCCCUUGAAGCUGCUUUGGCUUAUGAUGAGGCUGCUCGCACUAUGUAUGGUCCAAGUGCUCGAUUGAACUUACCGGAUCACCCUUCGGAUCACCCUUCAUUCUCGAAGGAUGAUUCUGUAGAUAACUCCGCUACAACCACUACUACUGCAACCACCACCACUGCCUCUUAUACAACAGCAUCUACAACAUCAUCUGAUACUCACUCUGGUGUUUGUGUGGGAGAUCAUUAUUGGGUUGCUAAAGUGGGUGGUCCUGCUGUGAAGCAAGAAGAUGGUGAAGGAGACUCACAGUUGAAUUGCAAAAAUGCUUCAAUGGGGUUUAAGAGUGGGACCCCAGAUAUUUCUGUGAAGAAAGAAAUUGAUAAUGGUGAAGAUGGCAUUGACAUCAAUGAUUAUUUACACAACUUAACAAUGGAUGAAAUGUUUGAUGUUGAUGAACUACUUGGAGCUAUAGAUGCUGGCCCUGUUUCCCCUGCAGAUUAUACAACAAAUCAAGGCUAUGAUGCGUUUAGAUCCCAAGUUGAGAACAACAAUAUACAGUUAGAGAGUCCUGAGAAGUGGUCAUAUCAGAAUCAAAAUCCAAACUUCUUAUAUCAAUUCGAAGAUCAAGAUGAUGCCAAGUUGUUGGAAAGUUUGCAUUGCAGUGAUCAAGGUUACAAUGGGGCUGAUUAUGGAUUCGAUUUCCUGAAGCCUGGUAGACAAGAAGAUUCUGUUUUGGCUGUUGGUGAUCAUGGCUUUCUGGAUCUUGCAGAAUUGGGAAUGUAACGAGUUAACCUGCAAACUGUAAAUAUGGAGUAGCUAUAGUGGAAGUAAGGGUGAAGAAGCAGCGGUAAUUGUAGACUUUUGAAGUUUGAAUUGGUUCUACUCAGGAAGGUAUUGUGGUGUCUAUGGUCGCUGGAGUUCUGUUCUAGUUGGUUCGCUAUUGGGCGAAGUACGAACUCGUUGUUAUUAACUUGAUGAUGAUGUUAACUGAAGCUUAUUGUUCUCUGUAAGUUUUUGAUACACGAGAGAAUUAAGCUUUGUUCUUUUGAUCUUUUGGAACCUUGUUGCCUAUUCUUUUUUGUAUAGAGUUUAACAACGAAGCUUUACUGACUUUAACAAUGAGACUUGCGUCAUUUUCUUA